UAGGAGAUUAAUUAGAAUGCCCACUAACAUGGCAUGACCUAUUGAACCAACCUUAAGAGCAAUCAAUCAUCUCUUUCUCAACUUCUAAACCUUUUGUGGAGAUGAUAAUUAAUUUAUUAGUACUUCCUCUAUUAAAUUUGAUGGAUUUGAGAACUUUAGCAAUAGCUUUACUUUGUUCAUAUUUUGCUGCCAAGAUCCUAUUCCAAUGGCUCAAGGCCAAGUUACACACACCCCAUCACAAACUACCUCCUGGCCCACCAAGGUGGCCCAUAUUUGGAAACCUCCUCCAACUCGGCCCACUUCCCCACCGCGACUUCGCCUCCUUUUGUGAGAAAUAUGGGCCUUUGGUCUACCUAAAGCUCGGUAAUGUGGGGGCCAUAACCACCAAUGACCCGGAAAUUAUACGCGAGAUCUUGGUCCGCCAAGACGAGGUGUUUGCUUCACGCCCACAGACCUUAGCCGCUACCCACCUAGCCUACAAUAGCGGCGAUGUGGCCUUGGCCCCUAUGGGCCCAAAAUGGAAGCGAAUGAGAAGGAUAUGCAUGGAGCAUUUGCUCACGACUAGGCGGCUCGAGCUCUUUGUGAAUCAUCGGGCCGAAGAGGCCCAACAUUUGAUCCAAGAUGUAUGGGCCCGUUCUCAAGGAAAUAACCUUGUUAACUUAAGGGAGGUAUUGGGUUCAUUUUCUAUGAAUAAUGUGACUAGGAUGUUGCUAGGGAAACAAUACUUUGGGGCCGGAACCGCGGGCCCACAAGAGGCCCUAGAAUUCAUGCACAUAACCCACCAACUAUUUUGGCUAUUAGGUUUGAUUUACUUAGGUGAUUAUUUGCCAAUUUGGAGGUGGGUUGAUCCAUAUGGGUGUGAGAAGAAAAUGAGGGAAGUGGAGAAAAGGGUUGAUGAUUUCCACAGUAAAAUAAUUGAGGAACAUAGAAAGGCAAAGAAAAUGAAAGAAGAAAUGGGAGUUGAAGAGGGAGAAAUGGAUUUUGUAGAUGUUUUGUUGAGUUUGCCUGGUGAAGAUGGAAAAGAGAACAUGGAAGAUGUUGAGAUUAAAGCUCUAAUUCAGGAUAUGAUAGCUGCGGCAACAGAUACAUCAGCUGUAACAAACGAAUGGGCAAUGGCAGAAGUAAUCAAGCAUCCACGUGUCCUCCACAAGAUCCAAAAAGAGCUCGACACAAUAGUGGGACCCAACAGAAUGGUAACAGAAUCAGAUCUUCCCCACCUUAACUACCUACGCUGCGUCGUACGUGAAACCUUCCGCAUGCACCCAGCCGGACCCUUCUUAAUCCCACACGAAUCACUACGGCCAACCACAAUCAACGGCUAUGACAUCCCAGCAGGGACACGUGUCUUCAUCAACACGCAUGGUUUAGGGCGCAACCCUACAGUGUGGGACAACAUAGAGGAAUUUUACCCGGAAAGACACUGGCCGUUGGAUGGGAGUAGAGUGGAGAUUAGCCAUGGAUCUGAUUUUAAGAUAUUGCCUUUUAGUGCAGGGAAGAGGAGGUGUCCAGGGGCCCCACUUGGGGUGGUGUUUGUGUUAAUGGGAUUGGCUAGACUUUUCCAUGCUUUUGAUUGGUUGCCACCAGAGGGUAUGAAGGCUGAGGAAAUUGAUACUAAGGAAGUUUAUGGGAUGACUAUGCCUAAAGCUCAACCUUUGAUGGCUUUGGCUAAACCUAGACUUCAUUCUCAUUUCUAUCUUUGAUACAUACAUCAAUCUCUGUAUUGUUCAAGCUUAGCUUGUCUAAUUACUUGUUGCAUUGUAACAAUGUAAAUGCAACUACGUUGACUAUAUUGAAUAUUAUAAACGUAACAGUCUCUUGAUAACUAUAUUUAAUGGUCCUUUCAGAAA